CACUCCGGGCCAGCAGAGGGCAGCAGUGAGCUGGAAGCGAAACAUGGUCUACCACCAGUGAGAAAGAGGGCAUGUACUUCCGCUUUUUGAUGUACGCUCUCUAUCAUUUAUUAAAGCGGUUAUUACGAAUAAACCGGUGUUAUAAUUACACGAUUAAUCCUUUCGGUCCGGUCAGUUCCUACCCGGGUAAUUGUACAUGCUGUGUUUGGGUUGAGCUCGUGAACGAUGUGCGCCAUGUUUGAUGGAAACAGCUUGUCAGCGAUGCAGACUUCUCAGUGCCACACUCAGAAUAACUACAGUCCCCAGGACCUCUCUUUGGAAAUUAAAGCAUUCAUCAGUGGUGUUGACCAGACACAAGGGCGUAAACUGAGUGUCCGUGAUCAUGCCCGGUGUGCCGUGCGUCUCCUCCGCACUGUCCCGGCGUGCCGAGGGGCAGUCCUUGAGCACCUGCGAGGUGUUUAUGAUGAAUACGUGGUGUCCUUUUUUCAAGACCUGGAGGCUGAGAGUGACGGUGGCAAUAACAGUACCACUACAGGGACCAACACCAGCGUUUCCAAUCUGGAGGACGUGGUUAAAGAGAUUCAUGCGGUCCUGCUUGAGUUUAUUCGACUCAACCCUAAAGCAUGGGCUCCGCUGGUGUCUUCCUGGGCAGUGGAUCUGCUCGGCCAGCUGAGCAGCAAGCACGCAGGGAGAAGAGCAGCUCCUCACUCAUCUAGCCUGAAUGAACUUUUGCAGCUGUGGAUGUCAUGUGCAGCCACUCGCUCGCUCAUGGAGUGUUACUCUCAGUGUCUGGCUGCAAUGCUGUCCUGGUGUCCUGAUGCCUGUGUGGACGCGCUGUUGGACACAUCUGUACAGCACUCGCCUCAUUUUGACUGGGUGGUUGCCCAUAUUGGCUCUGCUUUCCCUGGCACCAUCAUCAGCAGGGUGCUCGCCUGUGGACUCAAGGACUUUUAUGCACAUGGAUACGCUUCAGGUGAAAAAUCCAGCCAGAUGCAAGCAAUGGAAAAAAGCAGCAGGGUGCCAAAAAUAGGCUCUGUGGUGGGCAUCCUUGGGCAUUUAACCUCCAGGCAUUUGGACAGCAUUAAGAGAGAGCUUCUCAGGAUGUUCCAGGAUAGCUUGUCCCCCUCACCUCAAAGCCCAACUCCGUCUUCAGGGACUGCAUGGUGGGAGAACUCGCCUCAUCUCCGCAGGGCUACUGUACCUUUCCUGCUUCAGUUAGCUGCUCUCUCACCAACUCUACUCGGCGCCGUGUCAGUUGAACUGGUCGAGUUUCUCCGUCCUCCGGUGCUACUUCUGCUGCAUGCUCAGUUCCAGGGCUUGCCUCGAGAAGAGCUCGAGAACAUGUUGGGCUUAACAGUACACCUGAUCAGUCAGAGCCCUUCAGGUGGAGCGCGGGUAUUGCGCUUUCUUGCAGACACUGCCACACCAGCCUCUGUUAUUAUUUCGGGUCCCACACCCUCGCCGCAUGACGGUGUACGUGAAGCUUGCGAUCGUCUACUUCAGACGCUACUUCUGCAUCUCAACAAACUUGUGUACAACAGACCUGAUGGUGAAGAACCAUACCCGCAGUCGACCUCCACAUGUGCAGGGUCACGUGUGAUCCCGUUUCUCGAGGAGCUACAGGCCCAUGUUGGUGAGCUAUGUGCUGAGACACUCCGACUGGAAAGAAAAAGGCAUCUCUGGCUGCAUCAGCUGCUGUGUCUUCUGUCUGUUUAUGGUGGUCCUAGUGUGGCUACGGAAGCCUUGUGCCAGCUGCUCACACAAGCCAGGAACCCAGAGGAGCUGGCAUUGGCCUCACAACUCCACUCCCCUCUUUCAUCCUGCAUCCCGGGACUGCUUCCAGCAGCUGUGGCACGCUGUGUUGCUCAGAUCCACACCCAGAACUUAAACAGUAGAGAGUUAGCACAGCUUUUGAACAACCUGGCUACAGCAGUUCAGAGCCAGGAAGAAGACUGCAAAGCAGGCAGUGCUACAUCUGGAGUUUCAACACACUCAUCAAUGGCAGCUCAGGUCGGAGCUGCAGUUUCCAGCCAUCUCCAGGAUUUCUGUCCACUGCUCCUUCACGGUGACACCAUGGUUUCUAGAGCAGCUGCUCGCCUUUUGUCCUGCAGCCAGCUACCUAAAGCUUGCACCCCGGCGCAUCUGCUGCUUAUAUCAAGGGCAGCGGUGGCACAUUUCUUCAUAGCUCUGCGACAAAGAGGGGAGGGGCUGAAGGUUGGAGGUCAGGGUGGUGGAGAGGCAGUCGGUUACUCUAUGCGCUUGCUCUCUCAUCUGGCAGGUUACUCGUCUCUGACACUUAAAAUCGUCCUGCAGCAGCUUGUGGAAGGGGCGCUGCAUAAGGGCAACCGAGAUCUGUUUGGAGGCGAGAAAGAUUCUGCCGAUGAAGAAGGUGCUCUCGCACCAACUCAAGUUCCAGACUUGGGUGCUUCACUACUGGACAUCAACUGUAAAUUUGGCACAACUGUCAACUUCGCUGGUAGUGUGUGGUCUGUAUUCCAUGCGGGGGUGAUAGGAAAGGGUCUGAAACCUCCUCACUUUCCUAUACAAUCAGACUCCGAUAAGGUCAACCAGAACAUUCAGACUUUGCUUGCCGUCACAGUGCAGUGCUGCAGCUCGGGUGGAGGAGGAAGCAGCAGUAAUGGCUCUGGAAAUGCCCGCUACCAUCCAGCUGGUGAAUCCGUUUUGGAUGAGCCCUCCCCGAUCAAUGCAGAAGCUGCCAAGGUUAUUGCAGUAACUCUGGUGGAGAACGUUUGCCCAGAUGUAGCUAAUGGAGAACUGCCCUGGCCCCCUGAAGAACAUGCAAAGACCACUGUUGAACGAGACAUCCACGUCCGCCGAAGUUUUGAAGCCAAUCCUGUGCUGUUCCACUUACUACGAGUGGUGGCAGCUGGACGUCCAGCUCUCUGCUAUUGCUCUGCUGUGUUGAGAGGUCUUUUGGCCACCCUGUUGGCUCACUGGGAGGCUUCAAGAGAGCCUUCAGUGACUGAUUCCCCUUGGCAUCUACAAGCAUCUUGCUUGCUAGUUUCUUGUAUGGGAGAAGGUCAGCUUUUGCCACCAGUGCUAAGUAACAUUCAUGAGGUCUUUCCUCAACUCACCCCAUUCGAGGUUAGACUUUUGCUGUUGGGUGUGUGGGAGUACAUGCGUGGGAACAGCCCGAUGCCGCAGAAAUUUACUUUUAUUGCAGAGAAAGGAAUGUUUUUCAGAGAUUUCACUCGGGACGGAGAUGUGGCACGUUACAUCGCACCAAUCCACAGUGUCCUUCACAAGAACAUUGACCGACUUGGACACUUGUGUUGGAGGUUUCAGAUAUAGGAAUUUCAACAAGAUUAUUGAUGUAUCAGAGCACUGAUUUUCUAUUUGCCAUACAAUUUCCUUAGUAUUAACCAGUGUUUAUCUCUGAAUUUAUUAAUUUCUACAUUUAUAUUAACUAUGAAUUGAGUGGAACGUUCAGUUGAUCAGCUUAUAUAAAUAUUUUUUUUGUUUGCUUCGGCCCUAUCAGAUUAAAAAGUGUGAGAUAAGUGAAUGGGAGGAGAAAUGCAUUCUUUAUAAUUGUAAAAACCAAACAAAAACAAACGUCUUGUGGAUAUUUUUGUUUAAUAUUUUUCAUUGUUGAAUGGUUUUUGUAGUAAUAGGUUAUGGAUCGACUCUUGUUUCAAAAUCGAAUAAUAUGUAUAUAACACCUUACAUGCUCUUUGAAUCUUGUUCUUUUUAACGUUCCCCAUUCUUUAAGGGGGGAGAAAUAAAUUUUUUUUCAAAUUC